AUGUCUCUCGAAGCGUGCCUUGGACGACAGUACAAGCUCGAGAAGAGCGAAAAUUUUGAGGAGUUCCUGAAGGCUUUCGGUGUGGGCUACCUAAUCCGCAAGAUGGCGCAGGUGGUGAACCCGUACAUCGAACUGAAGCGGGACGGCGACAUGUACACACUGACGUCCAGCUCGUCAUUCAAGCACCGCGAGCUGAAGUUCCGGCUGGGCGAGGAGUUCGAGGAGGAGCGCCACGACGGAGCCCUCGUCAAGGCGGUCAUCACGCUGCAGGACGAUAGUACGCUGUUCCACCGCCAGAUGGCCGACGACGGCAAGAGCGCCACCGUCACCAGGCACUUCACGCCCGAGCAGGUCACCAUUACUAUGCAGCUCAAUGAUGUUAUAUGCAAGAAAAUAUACAAGGCAGUCUAGAAGCGCAAAGGUUGCCCUGGAGAACGGUGGGAUCAUAUUUUCUGCGAACAGCACAUUUGUUUGAAAAUAUUUGUAUUUAUUGUAUAAAACAACACCCGAUCUUUCAAUAAUAUUCUAAGAUGAUUUAAUCUUAUGUCAGAACACUUUAACGUAAUAUGUUAACGGAAAACUUGUA